AUGGGCACUCUGUACAUCCGGCCCACGAAUGGGAUGUCCUCGUCCACCACUUUAAGUGACCCCAACAGUCUGGACGCUUACAGGCGAUUAUUUUCUUCUUAUGGGGACAUCAAAAAGGUUUCUGUCAACAGAAAAAGAGACUCAGAAAAGUUCGUUGAAUAUCAUGAUGUGAGAGACGCGGCCAAAGCCCUGGAAGCCCUCAACGGCCACAACUUCAACGGGGUCACUUUGCAAAUUUGUUUUGCCCAAAAUGCUUCGAGAACUUUCAACCGCGAGCCUGCCUCUCGCAGACCAGGAGCCUCACGCACCCCCGAGGGUUUAGGGUUUGGGCCUUACAGGGGCACUCCCUAUAGCGCCCCCUCGAUGCGGUUUGUGUCUCCUUAUUCCUCUCCAGGCCGCCUCUGCUGUGCUGCACCGCAGCCCGUCCUGGGGGGCCCCCCCUCCUAUGGGCCUUACGGGGUUUGCCCAGUGCAGCCGGGGGGCCCCUCUUACGGGGCAAAUCCUUAUGGGUACCAGCAGCAGCAGCAGCCCGCGCCUCCUGCAGCAGCAGCAGCAGCAGCAGCAGGGGCCUCCUACAACCCCAGCUGGCCGCCCUCAGCAGUGCCCCCUGCUGCUGCUCCCGUGGGGGGCCCCCCCUACGGGGGGCCCCCCAGGGGCCCCAUGCCCAUGCCCGUCUACGGGGGGCCCCCCGGAGGGGUACCGGCCCCCUGGAGGCCCCCCCAGUAG